GGUCGCCAGCUGCUAGUCGCUGACUCCGACUCGCAACAAGUGUCUGUGCACGUGGCGGCGGGUGUGUGUGAGCGUCUGUGUUGACCUGGAGAGAGGGCGGGCGUGGGGGUCGGUUCCUAGUGUGAACUCCAUAGUGCUGUUAGCACCGAGGCGGAAGGGAGCGUCGGAUACAUACCGAAAGCGGUUUGCAGCGCAGAACGCGCCAGUGGUGUAGUAGGUUCCUGGCUGUUCGGAAUCUGUGCUCUUCAGCUGCUGCUGGAACUACAACCAACACUGUGAGGAACAACGUUGGUAUCCACGGCGUACAAAGGUGCCUGAAGUCGGCAGAUGGCUGUUAAUCGUAGAAGUGACUGGAGGAUCAGACAGUGAAAUGAAACCAGGAAGCUUUUAACAGGCGUAACUUGGAGUGCUGAUUGAAGACAAAGCAGAUAUCAAUCUCAAUAACUGUACGAUGUCGUCACUGGUGCGUUUGGGGUCGAGGCUGCACAGGAUCCCAAAACGGUUGUUGGGCACAGCUGCAGCCAAGAGCUACAAUGCCGGUAAGCGUAGGGGUGUCGUGGCGGUCACUGCAGCGUGCGCCAUCGGCAGCGCUGCGGCUGUGUACGCAGCGAGCCGCACGGGAAAGCUGGAGGCUGCCAACGCGGCGAAGCAGCCGAAGCAAGAGCAGAAGGGGCCGGUCAGCGGGAAGCUCGCCUACCGCGAACAGCGGUUCAUAAAGUUCGCGUCCGUCGAGUUGGACGGGCAGGUCUACAUGACGCCUCAGGACUUCCUAGAGUCGGUGCUGGACCAGGAACCGAGGCCCCGGCUCAAGAGGCGACAACUGAGCGAGGCGGACGUGGUCGCCUUCCGCGAGGCAACUCCUCCACUCCACGCCGGGUCGCCAGCCAUGUUCCGCACCGCUCGCGACCGGGGACUCAUCUCGUACACGGAGUACCUCUUUCUGCUGUCGGUGCUCAUCAAGCCCCGCAGUGGCUUCCUCAUCGCCUUCAACAUGUUCGACACGGACGGUAACCGGCGUGUCGACAAGUCCGAGUUCCACAUCAUCGAGGACAUCUUCAUCCAGACGUGGAGGGGCAAGAAGCAGCAGUUCUGGAGGGUCAACGGCAACAACAAUAACAACUUCCGUCGGCGGCAGGCGUCGCAGGAGGGUCACUCGCAGGACGACAGCAGCAGCGGCCACGCCGUGGACACCUUCCUCACCGUCCACUUCUUCGGCAAGUCCGGCAGAGAGGUGCUGCGCUACGAGGACUUCGAAAAGUUCAUGGAGAACCUGCAGAAGGAGGUCGUCGAGCUGGAGUUCCACGAGUUCUCCAAGGGCGCCGACCGCAUCUCCGAGAUGGACUUCGCCAAGAUCUUGCUGCGGUACACCUACCUCGACUCUGCGGAGUGCAAGGCGUACCUCGACCGCCUGCUGCUCAGGAUCAAGGAGGAGAAGGGGAUCGGCUUCGACGAGUUCUGGGCCUUCUGCCAGUUCCUCAACAACAUCGACGACUUCACGGUGGCGGUGAACAUGUUCAACGUGGUGGGCCGGCCCGUCGCCGAGCAGGAGUUCUUCCGCGCCGUCAAGAUCUGCGGCGGUGCGGGCGUCAGCCGGCACCUCGUCCACACCGUCUUCCAGAUCUUCGACGUGGACGGCGACGGCCGGCUGAGCCAGCGCGAGUUCGUCGCCAUCAUGAAGGACCGCCUGCGCAGGAGAUUCAAGGCGCAGCCCACCCGCGAGAAGUGGGAAAGCUUCAAGGCCUGCAUCAAGAACGAGAUGAAGACGAUGGUUUGAUGACGUCUGCAUCCCUAACACCAAAUGGAAUGAGAAUGUGAUGAGGCCAAUGGUUUGAUGACGGUCUGAGUCCAAAUACUGAGCUGCUCCCGACUUUUUACACCGGGAAAUAACAUUGUAUGGAUAAACAAGAACUAAAAUUAUAUUUUUUGAACCAGAAAUGUAACUAAAAUUUAAGAAAAUGUUCUGUUGCAAGUAUGAUAUACAGUGUUAUGUUUGCUGAAAUGGUGUCAAAUAACUAAUUCGCUACAGGAGACUCAGGGCAAAGCCCAUCAUGGAUAUUUGGUACAUCUUCCGGGUUUCCACAAGAAGAAACUGGAGACAAUUGUCUGAUGUUCAUAACUUCUAAAAAUGUAUUUGUAACUAAAAAUGUACUUCUUAACUAAUUUAUACACUUGCAAGCAUUUAAGUUCAUGCCAUUUUUUCGAACCAGUUUUGUAAUUGAAAUACUGAAAAUAUUGUGAUGUAAUAAAGAUUUGAACAGUUAGAA